AUGGCCUCCCGACCACCCAACGUUCUCCGCUAUCUCCGUCUCCAAACAACUCGACACGCUAGGUCGCAUGCGUCGCGACGAACCAUUUCCACUCCAUCCCCUCCACAGCCACCGAAACCGUCACAGCCGAUCCCCAAUGACUCUCACUCUCGCCUGCGUCGGCUCAACGACCGCAUCCCUCGCUUUCUCCGCACAUACACUACACCCUUAUUAGGGGCGCCGGUCACCCAUAUCACUUCAUUCCUAAUACUUCAUGAAAUAACCGCUAUUGUUCCAAUAUUUGGCCUGGUUGGUGCAUUUCACUAUGGUGUUUGGAUGCCGGAUCUUGCAUCGCAAACAGGCGAGACCAAUGCCUUCGACGAAGGAGCUGCGCGUUUCGGCCGCUGGCUGAAAAAGAAAGGUUGGGUGAAUGAGUCCGACGUGAAUACUGUUGCCGAUCAUGAAACCACUGCGGAGAAGACUGUGGACCGAGCAGGUGUUCGAUUGGUGCUGGAAUUUGCUACAGCCUAUGCGGUCACAAAAGCUUUGUUGCCAGUCCGGUUGGCAGUGAGUGUUUGGGCGACACCGUGGUUUGCAAGGUCGGUAUUCACACCGAUAGCAAAGCUAGCCGGACGUCUCUUCGGCAGAGGAUAA